AAAAAAAAAAAAAGGGAACCCAGCCAAGCCGACAGCCCCACUUGGAAAAUUGGUAAGGAAGCUUGAUUUCCCCUUCCUUUCUUGCUCUAGAACACAUCUAGAACCCAGAAACAUUUCCCCCCUGCAGAGAAUUUCGGAUCUGCUCUGUCCUUCCUCCCCUGUCCGCCGGCUGCUAGUGGGUAUGCGAAUUUCUGGGCAUUUUUCUGAAAUUGUCGCCGGCUCUUCCCCAAAUUGCAGUUCGGUUGUGCUAGGAAAAUUCUGGUUCCUGAUCGUUCUAUCAGUUUAGUACUGAGAUCGAGUCUUCGGUUUUAUGCAAGUGAGGUAAGUAAAUUUAUGGUAAUGCCCAUACAGUUUUUAAAAGCAUGUUUUGAUUUGUUUUGAAGUGGUGGCGAGACUAAACCCGUUUUACACAAGUAUGAUUGAUUUGAAGUGGAAUUUUUAUACUUUUCAUUAAAUUGAGCAUGCUUACUUGAAAUUUAAUUGAUUGUCCUGAUGAUUUGAAAGUGAUCGGUGAAUUAUGAUUUUUCUUUUAACUUCAGCCUGUUUUGUCUCCGAUGUGGUCAUGUUAUUAAUGACCCUGCUAGUGGGGGAGUUUAUAAACGCUAGCAUAUGUUGAUAUGUAUUUCUAUAGAGCCGGUUCCUCCUGCCAGUAGGAGUUGUUAAACAUUGGUAUUUCAGUGACCUUGCUAGUGGGGAUUAUACACCAGCAAAUAGUGUGCCUGCCAGUGGGAGGUUUAUAACACUGGCCGUGACCUAUAGAGAAGACGUCUAUUUCAUUCCCGUACUGUAUCCAUUUUUCAUGAUUGCACUUGUUGGCAUGCUAUAAGUUUAAUAAGGGGCACUCCAUAUUUUACUUACUGAGUUUAUCUCAUAGUUUUUCCUUAUCCACCAUUUCAGGAAGCGAAACCGAGGACGAGAAAACCACGGGAAGUGACGAGUUAGAAGGCUAGCCAUUUUGAGAUUGAUAUAGAUUUUAGAAAUAAAUCAUGAUCUUGUAAACUAGAGUGUAUUUGGAGAUUUUAUGAUAUUAGAGCAAAUUAUAAAAUUUGAUCUUCAGA